AGAACGGAUGCUCUUCCUGGGUUGUCCAAAGGCUGCCAACUGGUGCGCUUUCUAACCCAAGCACGAAGAGCUGGUCACUUUGUGGCAAGUAGCCGUGUUCUUCACUGAGAGAGAGGGAUAGUUCUACUGGAUCGAGGGCAAAAAGCGGCUAACAAGAACAUUAUGCAGGACAAGAAUGUGGCCUCUCUCGAUGAUGAGCUGCUACAUGAGGACAAGGAGGAGAGUUCUCAGCGGGAAAGUCCAGAUUGUACAGAACCCCAUGGGAUGCUGUUGGGGAAGUCCCAUGUCUCCCAACUGGGAAACACCCGUGAGAAUCAGAAUGGUAGAGUGCCACAGCAGGAGUCUUCCUCAGACGACACAUGGUGUAAACUCUCUCCUGGUCAAGAAAGGAUCAUUAAGCUGAAUGCAUCGUUAAUUCAGGAAACAAUAUGCAAAAGAAAGCAAGAGCAUGUGCAUUCUAACUAUGGGAAAGCUUUCACUCAGAGCGCCUGCCUUAUUGGUUGCCAGAUAAAACGUGCAGCAGGAAGGCCCUAUCCAUGUGCUGAGUGUGGGAAAAGCUUCAAUAAGAGCUCACACCUCACUGUGCAUGAGAGAAUCCACACAGGUGAGAAACCCUAUGGAUGUGCAGAGUGUGGCAAAGGCUUCUGUAGCAGUUCUAAGCUAAUUUCACAUCAGAGAAUUCACACUGGAGAAAAACCAUGUUUGUGUGCUGAUUGCGGCAGGAGCUUCUAUUCCACCUCUGAACUCAGCAGACAUUGGAAAAUUCACACUGGAGAAAAACCCUAUGUCUGUGACGAGUGCAGAAAAAGCUUCUCCAGCAUCUCAGACCUCAGCAGACAUCAGAGAAUCCACACGGGUGAGCGAUCUUAUGAAUGUCCCAGUUGUGGGAGAGGCUUCACCCAGAAAUCACACAUGAUUACUCAUCAGAGAAUCCACACUGGAGAAAAACCAUUCAGGUGCCCAGAGUGUGGAGAAAGUUUCAGUAUUAAGUCAGGUCUACAAAGUCAUCAGCGAGUACACACGUCAGAAAAGCCUUAUGUCUGUGUGGUGUGUGAGAAGAGCUUUGGUUGGGCCUCUGUUUUGCUCAGGCAUCAAAGGAUUCACACAGGAGAGAAACCCUAUAUGUGCCCUGACUGUGGGGAAAGCUUCACUCAGAGCUCACACCUUAGCAGUCAUAAGCGAGUCCACAUGACUGAGAAGCCUUAUGCAUGUGUGGAGUGUGGGAAAAGCUUUAGGAGGACCUCAGAGCUCAUUGCUCACCAGAAAACUCACAUGGAGGAGAAGCCGUACCCAUGCAGUCAGUGUUCAAAAAGUUUCAGUAAAAGCUCAGAACUCCUGGCACAUCAAAGAAGCCACAUGGGAGAAAAGCCCUUUUCCUGCACCGUGUGCAAUAAAAACUUCAUUAGAAGUUCACAGCUAAUUGCACACCAAAGAAUUCAUACAGGGGAAAAACCUUACGUGUGCAGUGAGUGUGGUAAAAGUUUCUGUUACACAUCAAAUCUGAACAGGCAUAAAAAAAUCCAUACAGGGGAGAGAGCCUACAAAUGCUCCACCUGCGGGAAAAGAUUCUCCCAGAGAUCAAACUUGACCAAACAUGAGAGAAUCCACACAGGUGAGAAUCUUUAUAAAUGCAAUGACUGUGGACAAAGCUUUACCGUUAGAUCAGGCCUCCUUCGCCAUCAGCAGGUUCAUGCAGGGGAGCCAUCUGCCCUUUUGAGAAGAAUCUACAAGUGCCCUGAUUGUGGAAAAAUUUUCAAACGGUGCUCCCCUCUCAUUAGACACCGAAGAACCCACACUGGGGAGAAACCUUACAUGUGCCGGGAGUGCUUGAAACGCUUCAGUGACAGCUCGGCCCUUGUGAAACACCAAAGAAUCCAUGCAGGGGAGAAACCUUAUACAUGUCCAGAAUGUGGGAAGAGCUUUUCCCAGAGCUCAACCCUUAUUGCACAUCAGAGAAUACACACUGGAGAGAAACCUUACAAGUGCCCUGACUGUGGUAAGAGCUUCAGUGUGAGCUCCAACCUUGUUGCUCAUCAAAGAAUCCACACUGGGGAGAAGCCUUUUGGCUGUCCUGUCUGUUUGAAAGGCUUUCUGGUCAGCUCUCAUCUCAUUAGACACUUGAGAAUCCACACGGCGGAGAAACCUUAUAUUUGCCGAGAGUGUGGGGAAUGCUUUACUCAGAGUUCCCACCUCGUUGUACAUAAGAGAAUCCACACUGGAGAAAAACCUUACUUGUGUUCAGAGUGUGGGAAGAACUACCGUGGGAUCUCUGAUUUGAUCCAACAUCAGAGAAUCCAUACAGGAGAGAAGCCCUACAAAUGCCCUGAGUGUGGGAAAUGCUUCAGCCAGAGUUCAUGUCUUAAGAAGCACCAGAGAAUCCAUACAGGGGAGAAACCUUAUGUGUGCCUCGAAUGUGGGAAGAGGUUCAAUCGGAAUUCACAUUUAACUAGGCAUCAGAAAACCCACAUGGGGUAAUUCCAAAGAAGAAUUCUCUGUCAGAACUGGAAGCUCAUCUCCAAAAUUCCAACCGGUAUGGGAACUGAAACCAGUUUUCUCAGGCAGUUAGCCUUUCCCUCCUCUUCCAAAGACUCCCACCCCCUCACACCUUGACUGAAAUCGGAGAUGCUGCCAUGACAUUUUAAAAUAUCACUUAGCUCUGGUUAAUCUCUGGUCUCUGGAUUUCCUGCUUUCCAUUUUGUAACUGAAUCCUAGAAUCUUCCCUUGGAUUAUCUGUAUUGGGGGGGGGGGGAGUUGUUACCAGUAUUAAUAAGUCGUCUUCGGAGAUGUCAGCUCCUGAGCUUUCCUAUAAGCUAUAGAUGUUGAGAUACCCUUGAUGCCCCUUGAUGAAAUCAUAUGGUUUCUGAUUGGUUGUUCCCAAUCCCUAGAAAGUUGUGGUGGAGUAUAAAAGACAAUGAGACCGUGACUUACCAUAACUUAGAACAACCCCUGUUGUGAUGCUAACAUUCUCCCUCUUCUCUAUUGUGGGACGGGGAGGAACAAAUGUAUACACUUCCCCUAUUAGAUCUGCUCUGUGUCUCUAUACUGCUAUUCUUUACAGCUGGGGGGAGGCUGCAUGAUUAAAAACACACCUGAGUCUCCGUGAACAUGUUCAUGACAGGGUUUGCCAUACUGCAAAAUGGGCAGUCAUGGAUAUACUGAUUUGCCUGCUGUUCUGGUGGUAGGUGGCAAGGCUUUGACUGCUGUGGAGCCUGUGAUAAGUGUGCAGUGGUAGGUUCUGUCUCUGGGCAUAAAGCCAUGAUGUCUCUGACCUGAGCAUAUUCUUAAAUUCCUCAGCCCCAGCACUUGAUCUCUUAUAGUGUCUCAUGGUACCCUAAGAAAGAGGAAAA